AUGGCCAACAGGAACGAGAAAGAAAAUGGCGAGCAGCAAGGAGAGAGCAGCAAGAGUGCUGCAGCUUCAUCACAAAAAGACAUACAAACAACUCCUGACACGGUUCCAUAUUCAUUCCCUACCCCAUCACCUCCAACGAUCACGAGGGCAAUGCAAAAUCACAAACGAAUGGUUUACCAUCAACUGAAAGCAAAUCUCAUCAGCACUGAAGAUCAAGAAAGAAGCGUCUCCGAAUUUUUUGUCAGUGCACCAAAUGCUUCUGAGCAAGCCGCUAUAGCAAGAAUCUCCGCCUUCUUCGGUCAAGCUCCCGACAGUAGACCACGUUACGUCUUCCACGGCACUAUCCGUAGUGAGGACAAUGAUGACAACAUCCGAGCAUUGAUCCGCAAGGGCCUGCGAUCUGAACGCAUUACAGACCAUGAUUUGAGAGAAUUCGUUACCGAGCGAAUGGUGCCUCUUGGAGAUGCAGGCCUAACAAGCUCCCUUGCUCUUAUUUGCAUACAGAAGUACCUUUUCGAGUGCAUGGUACCUUUCUUUUAUACCAUUGUUGGUCCGGAUGGUUCAGACCCUUGGCCCGACGCAACACGCAUCAUGGCACGGAGGGACACUACCGGUUUGGUCAACUUUGAUGAAGCUUCCAGCAAGCACGGAUCCAAGACUACCAACGCCAGCAGGGAUGGUUCUCAAUCCGGGAGUAUGGUCGACGGCCCUGUUCACAAGAACGAAAAGUCUUUUGAGGGGGAAGUUGAAGCUAAAGUUGCAGAGCCCGAUCAUCCACAAAAAUAUCUCACAGUCCCGAAAUUCAUUCAUGCCACUUGCGGCAAAUCUCAGGCUCAGAAAAAGGUUGGCCAUAUACCACCUGUGGGUGGAGUGCUUUCUGAGAGGAAGCCUGAUGAGGGCGAGCCUUCUAAGAAUGUUGAUGAGGGUGAUGGCUAUAGAUCGCCUGUAGGCGGUGAGCCCUCUGAUGAGACAGCUGACGAGGACGAUGGCCAAGGUUCUCAUGCCUCAGAAACCCCCCAGUUGGACGACCUGAAUGAUCAAGAUACAGACCCUACAUCCUGUGGUAGCGAGAACAGGUCGGACACUAACGGCGAGUUGGACUUCGCUGCGUACGAACAGACGACCCUAGCAUUGUACGAGGCAGCAGUACAACGAUCCAGCCUUGUUAGGCAACGCUCUCGAAAUCAGCAACAGCUUGCGGCGUUGAAGAUUACCCAAUGCAACGAGCUUGAUCAACUUGUGACAGAUCUUAAAAGCUUGGUAAAGCAGAUAAGGGAGAAGAUGGACCAAAUGGUUUAG